UCCAACCAGAGAGUUAUUGUUGUUGAGAGCUCCCAACUCCCUAUCGUUAAAAGAACUUCCCUCCUCGAAUUGAGAGUUAACUUUGGAUAAAUUGUGUCUCUCUCUCUUUGUCCUUGCAACCAGAGAGCUCUUCGUUCUUCUUGUCAAAGCUUCCAACAGCUUUACAGGACUUCACCCGUAUCUAGAAUCACUUCAUUGCAAUAGUAACAGCAGCCUCUUCCACCUAUUUACAACUCCAGACCUGUUCAGAUCGAUAGGCGACCCUUUCAGUUCCAAAUUUCACUUCAGACAUGGCUCAAGGAUUGAUUAAUGCAAAUCCUGUUGUUUAUGAAAGAAAAGAGCGCCGCAUACGUGACCCUGUAGUGCCCGCUGAUGUUGAUGAAUAUACUGCAGACCCUAUCGAUCAACUAGAAAUUUUUGAUCAUAUCAGAGAUAUAAAAGAUCCAGAACAUCCUUAUUCCCUGGAAGAACUGAAAGUUGUUUCGGAGGAUGCAGUUGAAGUAAAUGAUAAGCAUAGCCAUGUUAGGGUCACAUUUACGCCUACAGUUCAACACUGCAGUAUGGCUACAAUUAUUGGGCUGUGCUUACGUGUAAAACUCAUGCGCAGUCUACCUCCUCGUUACAAGGUGGAUAUCAGGGUAGCACCAGGAACUCACGCAACCGAAGCUGCAGUAAAUAAGCAGUUGAAUGAUAAAGAACGGGUGGCGGCAGCGUUAGAAAAUCCCGGCCUUGUGGAUAUGGUUGAUCAGUGUUUGGCUCCUACAUAUGAAUAAACCUGAAAGAAAACAAUUUUGAACCAUGUAGUUUCGAAGCACAACAAUUGAAUUUUGUUCAGAUGGUUUUUGUGUUUUUCUGUACAGGCUCUGUAGCCAGAAAUUAUACAGUUUUGAAGUGAAUUUUCACUGAAGUUGAAUUGUUUGUUUCUCCAACAGUGUUUUCAUCUGUUAGAAUCUGAUACUUAGAUAGAGAUCUCUAUUCUCUGAUAAUUAUACAUCAUUUACAAUGAACAAAAAUGCUUAAAUUCCUCAAUAA